UUUGUCGCCGACUAUUUUAAGUGAACGGGCGGCGCACGUGUUGCUCACAGCGACGUAUGCGAGGCUCAGCACUCUCGCGACCUCGCUGAGGACCCUCUCAAUGAAAAAAAAACCCUCCUUCAUCACAUCAUCGACUGUUGUGCUUGCGCAGAUGCAGGUGGCCGCGCUGCGGUACAUAUCGCAUCACCGCCCGCCCGCAAUUUCGCGUAAAAUUGGCAGCGUGAGUCGGGCGGGCGGCGGCGGCGGCGCGGAGCGUUGCUCCCGAAAUAGUGUUCGGGCGCGGUCGUGCGCUCUCGGGAACGGCGCCCCAGUCGCCGUGUGGCCGCGCGCGCGCACCCGCGUCGCAUCGCCAGCCGUCUCGACGCCGCCGCACGUAUACCCGGGUGAAGGAGCUAGCUACCCGGUGCACGACUCAACGGUGCGCGUAUUUCGGUCGCGAGAGGGCCCCGGGCCGCGUCGGGCGCGCUGCCCGCGCGCUGGCCGCCGUGCUCUGGUGGUGGUGCGUGGCGCUGCUGCGGCUGGUCGCGCUCUGUGCGCCUCCCCCCGGCCCGUCCGGUGUCGGCGCGCCGCCGCCCUCCGCCCGCGCCGCGGAAGAUGCGCCGUCGGCGGCUGCUUGCGCGAGCGCGCCCGUCAACACCAGCGAGCCGCCGUCGCCGCCGCCGCCCGCGGCCCCGCCGCCCGCGCACCCCGAGUGGUGGUGGGCAGGCGCAUGCAUCGGUGCUGCUGUGUUACUGUGCGCGGCUGGCGCCCUGGCGCGCCCGCACUGCCGACGUCGGCACGCUGCUGCCGCCUCCGCCGCAGCCAACCCCUGUGUUGUGAUUUGCAGAUGCUCUCGGUUCAAGUGCCGGGGUGCGCGGGCAUGGAGCGGCUGGGCGCGCCGGGGGGGCCGCGCCUCAGGCACGACCACAGAAGCCAUCAUUCCACAUUGGAAUGGGAGAAGCAGCAGAGACUGCAGGCCGUGGUGGGCCGCAUCCAGGAGAUGGUGGAGCAGGACGCGCGUGCGCGCUCGGCGGCCGCGGCCGAGCGGCUGGGCCUGCCGCCCAGCAUACAGCUGCCGGACGGCGAGUACGGACACGACGCGGAUCUGCAGCUGCGAGUCCCUUAUCAGCAAGCCGAGCUGACGCGCAGCAGCUUCCAGCCGCCGCCCAACAAGUGCGUGAGCGACGUGCCGGAGUGGGCGGGCGGCGCGCGGCGCACGGAGCCGCCGCACAAGAAGGACGGACUGCUGCAGAAGGCGACGCGCUGGUGGGUGCGCAUGGGCGCGCGCACAGCGCCCGCGUGCGCGCCGCCGUGCGUCAUGGUGCCGCGGCCGCCGCGCCCGCCGCCGCCGCCGCCCGACAAGUGACGCCGCGCCGCCGCAUCCCCCUCCACGCUUACAUUCCAUGGCCGGGCCGAGAGUAUUAUAGACUUGCUAUUUAUUGUGCAGUGAGUGUGCCGCCGCCGCCCGCCGGGCGCCGAGCCCGAGACUGAACUGAAAACGCUAUAAUGUCUACGUCGGAGUAUGUUUUAGGUAAAAUUAAUUCAAAUAGAUACAAUUAAAAGUAUAUAAUAUUUAAUGAAUCUUUCGAUUGUAACCUUCGAUGAUAUUGUAUAUUGUGAAAGAGGUCAGUCACCGGGAGCAAAUGUUGCAGUGUACAGUUCUUUAAGUGAUCUAUUUUAAAGUGUAAUUUCUAUCCAGCGGCUAUAUGUCUGUGUUUAAACAACUUUUAUAUUUAUUUAUGUGACUAUUGUUAUAGAAUGCAUAUCAGUACAGUAAAUGAGUUAUUAAUUUACAAACAUAGUUACUAUUUUAUUGUAAAUAUUGUCUCUAAUUUAAUUUAGAUUAAUGAUGACCGAGCGCCAGAAUCAGAGGGUCUUUUCAAUUGAGUGUUUGCUACAUUCCAUAUUUAUGUUGAAAUAUUCUCAAUACUACUUACUGUACUUCAUUUGUCCGGGUCUCGCUGUCUGCGUUUAUCUUGUUCAGUAUAAUGUACUAGUGACUGAUAUUAAAUGCAAGUGAAUAGAAAUCUCAUUAGGGAUAGACAUUGUUUAAAUUAAAGAUAUUGGUUGAGUUAGUUUUAAUUAGGUAUUUAUUAUUUUUAUCAUAAUACGAAUAAACAUAUCCUGCAUUAAAAAGCUAUAUAUAAAUUAAUGUCAUUAAAAGCAGGAUAUGUGAAAACUCGUUAUUAGUUCAUCCUAUUAAAUGCUUAUAGGCACCUAUCGAUCUACAUUGUGCCUACUCCUUCAUCUCAAGUUUCGAGUAAGAUCCGUGAAUAAUUUGCAUACAGGAAUACUUUUCACUAGCAUCCUUUUUGGAAAACCAAUUUCAGAAGUUACAUCUUCUAUGACUUAUAGAUUUUUAAUUUCUAAUAAACUUACUUUGUGCCCCAUAGUUUAUAUAAUGUGUAGAAUCCUCAAAAAUGAUGCUAAUGAAUUUUAAAACAAUUAUGAACAAAUGCGACUUUACUAAAAAAAUAAUUAGAUCAGAGUUAAGACUGGCUUCACGUGCGCCUUUCUGCCUAGAUGUAAAAACGCUAGUCAUAUAUGGAAUAGACAUAAUCUAUCAAAUUGUAUGUGAUAAGUCAAGCCCAUUAAAUACAGCUUAAUAUAAAUAAUUGGUGUCAGCCCAAUGCUUGUUAUUUGCUGCUUGGUACCAGCAUGACGGUGCUUCCAAUCAAUUUUAAACUUAAUGCAGGAAGCUGUUAUUUACCUAAGUAUUUUAUUAAUGUUUAAUUUACUUGUGCAAUAUUUUCCCCACAAGUUGUAUGAAAUAUUAUUUUAGUGUUUACGUACAAAUCGUCCAAUGUAUAAUCUCUGAGAAGUAACCGUUUGAAUAUUCAUAUUGCAAAAUUUUCAUGAUGUCUCAAGCUAUAAAUCACUGUUCUCUAAUGAUAUUAAUAUUUUGCAUCCACUUGCAACACACCAGUAGUCACAGCUGCCUAUGGAUAACUUGACAGUUGUAAUCAAAGAAAUAUUUUACUCCAAAAUAAUGUUUCUUUCGUAAUAGCAUCAUCAAACCCGAAUCCGUAACUUGUGAAUGUUAUUAUUACAAUAAGAAAUCAAGCACACACUCUGUUACUUUUGUAAAUUGCUAAAACGCUUUUUGAUAUCACAUCUAUCGUGCUCUCACUUUUUCCUUUACUUUAAUGGACAGUGACAGAACAAAUCAGUGACUUUAUUACUUGUUCCAUAGUAUAUUAGAUGUGUCUGUUCAACGGCGUGGUAUGAAUAUGUGGACAAUCAGAAAGCACUUUUCUAUGAGAAACUAUAACCAAAACAAUGUGGAGGAAUUUUUUAAAAUUAAUAUAUACUUUUUUUCGGAUAAAUAAUGAAAUUUCCAAAAUGAUCAUAACUAAAUACUUUCUGAGUGACCUGGUAUUUAUACAAGGUGUAUGACAAACACCUUGUAUAAGUAUAUGUCAAAAUCUUAUUUUCGUUACCUAUUUACGUGUUGCUAGUAGCACGAAAAUAGUAUCAAAACUGGUUAUUUCGUCAAGAAAAGUUAAUCAGGUUUACUCCCACUAGUGUCGUAAUGAAAAUUAGGUUUUACGUCCCACAACCGCAACCUCUUCAUGCCGAUAUAUAAUCGAUAGCAUAGCGACUGCCAAGGCGCAAUUCUAUCUAUUGAUUGCUGGUAAAACAUCAGUAGUAUUUUAGACUAUUGGUACUGUCGAUAAUUUUACCGAUAGUCACCCUACCACAACCCACAACACAGCACGGCACAGCGAAGGUGGCAGUAAGACCAAGAUGGAAUUGGCGCGUAUGUCUUUUGUUUUCCGCAGUUUCUUGUUUCUUACUUUAAAUAUUUAUAAGCAUAAUAAUAAGACUUCCAAUUACAAAAUCUAAUUUGAUGUAGAAUUAAUUACAACAAUUCAUAUUUACAAUUCAAGUGUUAGUCUUUUAAGCAAAUUCGCAGUAGGAAAAGCUGUGUUCACCAUCAUUGUAUUACUUCGAUCUAGUAAAAUAAAUAUUUUAUGCUUCUGUUAUUGCUUAUCAAUACUGACAACGAUUCACUAUUAAUUCAGUUGCAAGUGGAGGUAAAAUUUGUUAAAAUCUUGGGAUUUUUCCCAUUGUUUCCCAUUGCUACACAUCGGGAGAAAAAAUCCCGUUGUUUAACAGUGUUACACAUGCAACUAUCUUCCUACCAAUGAAUAAUGAGUAUUCAAUGGCACUCUGUAUUCCCGUUCAAUAAUACUUACGAAUAUUAAAAUAAAACAAGUGUAAGAAAUUAAGAUUAAAGAUAAAAAAUGAAGAUUAAGAAAAAAUUGUCUAUUUUAUCUGGAUUUCAUUCAUAUUGUAUACAAUACAAAUUUUCAAACUUUACACUUUUUUAUUUUUACUUCGUAGGUAUUACUGAACGGGAAUACAGUGUACCAUUGAGUAACAGUAUUACUCAUUGGUAGGAAGAUAGUUGCAAUGUGUAAUACUGCUACACAAAGGGAAUUUUUCUCCUUAUGUGAAGUGUUACAAAUCGCGGUGUGACACUAUGGGAAUAAACCAGAUCUCGUAUACGAAUACGAGAUUGUAAUCACGAGAUUACAAUAUUGUCAUUUUGGGCAAGGCACAGACAAUAAUGAGGUAAAUGUGAUUGUACAUAUACACUUACAGUCAUCACCAACAUUAUAUUGAAAUUUUCGUCUAAUUUAGAUAGGUACGUAAUGUAGAAUGAACAGUGAUUUUGUGUUUGUUAUUAUUAUCAUCAUCCACUUUCCUCUUUGAGAAAAAUGGACAUUUGAAUAUUGUCAUGCAUGACUAUUAUAUUUAUCACUUCAUCAAGUACAUUUUUCUUCAAACUUAAGUGGAAAUUCAGUGGUACUUGUACAAAUCUCUAAAUAUAAAAGUUGUUUAAAAGUAUGUAGUUUCACAGAUUAGAUAAUUUAAUCUAGAAUCAAACAAUAUUCCAUUUGUCAUAUUAAUAAGUAAAAGCAGAAUAAAAUGUUUAACGAUAAAAGAAAACUGCAUUAAAUUAUGACCUACAAAUAAUAAUAAAA